CCGUCGGGCAGACUGGCAGUUUCAGUCGGUCCUCGCUCGCAGCAGCGCACCCGCACCAGCACCAAGACCAGCAGGGCCAGCACCAGCACCAAGACACCAGACGGCAUCGGCCCAGGUGGUGUGCAGUCGACUAACGAGGCCCUUCUUGCGCUCGGACUCCGGGCGCACAUCGUGGUCCCUUUUGUUGACUAG